AUGGACAUCACACCACUCUUCAACGAGCUCCUCCGGAAGCACAAUGCGCCCCCCGUCACCGAGAAGAAGCUCAGCCUCGAAGCGAUUGACGGCUUCCUGAAGGAGGCCUACAGAAUAAACUCCCACAUCACAACCCUCCACAAAGAGCUCAAAGACGUCCGACAAGCCUACCUCUCCACCGCCCAACCGCGGCGGCAUGUCCGCACGAACACAGGGAGCAGCUCCCUGAAGGAACCCCAACAGCCCCUGACGGACCGACAGCGCGAGGACAUCGACGCGCGCGCCAAGUCGAUGCUGCGCGAGCUCAACGCGUCCAUCCGCGCGCUGGAUGAGACGGAGCAGCUGCGCCGCGAGACGGAGGCGGCGGUGAUCCGCAAGACGCACGUGCGCGGGCUCGGCGCGCUGGGCGCGUGGGCGGCGGGCGCGGAGGUCGCGGACGCGCGCAAGUCGGCGGAGCACCUCGCGGCGGAGGGGAAGGCGCGGGACGUCGGGCUGCACCGCGACGGCGUGCUGUGGAGCCUGCGGCAGGCGCUGCAGCUGUGCGGGCGGACGCAGCAGGACAUGAUGGAGGCGAGGCUGACGAGGGAGAUGGAGAAGAAUAGGAGCGUGCUGGCGAAGGCGGGCGGCGGGGCGAUGCCGGAGCUGGGUGGGGGGUUCUACGAGGCGAUGAAGAGGGAGAAGGAGGCGAAGAAGGGAGGGUUUGAUACGGCGACGGGGCUGCCGCCGGAUGAGGGGUCGUAUGACUUCAGGCAGGACCUUACGGAGGAGCAGAUUCAGAUGUUUGAGAAGGGGAAUCAGGACAUGCUGCAGCAUUAUAACAGCACGUUGGACAAAGUCAGGACGGCAGAGAAGUCGCUGAUUGAGAUUGCCGAGUUGCAGACGUUGCUUGUGGGCAAUCUCGCGACGCAGUCGGCGCAUAUCGAGCAGCUGGUGUCAGAUUCGGAGAACAUCACAGCGGACGUUGGCGGCGGUAACAAGCAGUUGAAGAAGGCGACGCAGAGGCCCAGUGCGGCGAGGUACACCUUCUUCGCAUCGGCGGGGUUAUGUGCGUUCUUGAUCUUGUGGGAUUUGGUGAUAUAG